AAACCCCCGCGCUGCCAGAAGUGUGUGAACCGUUGGCUGCUUCGGAUCUCACAGCACAAACAAAGAUGGAGCAAGAACCGGAGAGGGAACCCAGACGCAUACGGGAAGGGUACCUCGUGAAGAAGGGCAGCAUGUUCAGCAGCUGGAAACCGAUGUGGGUGGUGCUCUCGGAAGACGGAAUCGAAUACUUCAAGAAGAAGACGGACAGCAGUCCAAAAGGCAUGAUCCCUUUGAAGGGAAGUUCCCUCACAAGUCCCUGUCAGGAUUUUGGAAAGAGAAUGUUUGUCGUGAAGUUGGCAACUGCCAAGCAGCAAGACCAUUUCUUCCAAGCCUCCCACCUCGAGGAAAGGGACGCCUGGGUCAAAGACCUCAAGAAAGCCAUUCAGUGCAUCGAGAGAGGCAAGAGGUUUUCCAGGAAAUCGACGCGGAAGUCUAUCAAACUGCCUUCAUCAAUCAACCUGGGUGCUUUGUAUCUCUCAAUGAAAGACCCUGACAAAGGAAUAAGGGAAAUGAAGCUGGAAAAGGACAAGAAAAUUUUCAACCACUGCUUUACAGGCAGCUGUGUAAUUGACUGGCUACUGUCGAACAACUCCAUCCGAAACCGCCAAGAGGGCUUAGUUCUGGCCUCUGCCCUAAUGAACGAAGGUUACCUUCAACCUGCGGGGGAUGCGUCCAAGAGUGCGGCUGAAGGCUUGGCGGAAACUAACUUCCUCGAUCACGAAGAUGCCUUCUAUUACUUUGCGGACAGUGGAUUCUUCUGCGAAGGAAACUCCAGCGAUGACGAUGCGGUCCUCACCGAAGAGUUCAGAGGCACGGUGGUCAAGCAGGGGUGUCUACUGAAGCAGGGACAUCGGCGGAAGAACUGGAAAGUGCGGAAGUUUGUGCUGAGGGAAGAUCCCGCUUACAUCCACUACUAUGAUCCUGCUGGGGGAGAAGAGCCACUGGGAGCCAUUCACUUGAGGGGCUGUGUGGUGACCGCGGUUGAAGACAACCCAAAUGGAAAGAAGAAUGAAGUGGAAGGAAACCUGUUUGAAAUCAUCACCGCCAACGAAGUUCACUAUUUGCUGCAAGCGGCCACUUCUGCCGAGCGUACAGAAUGGAUCAAAGCCAUUCAGUUGGUUGCCAGGACUGGAAAGUGAAUAAUAGAAGGGGAAAAACCCACCUGUGGAAGCAAAGAAAACAUACGUUCCAAGACAUUUUUUAGUGUGCUCUGCGAUAUUGAUCCUAGGAUAGUUCCAGGUUUGCUUCUCCCCCUCCAAUAGCCUGGCAUAAAAUCCACAUAAUAUUUAAUGUACAAUAUUCAAUAUAUCAUUGCCUCUCUGUUACUCUCUGAGAACCAGUUUGGUGUAGUGGUUAAGUGCUCAGACUCUUCUCUAGGGGAACAGGAUUUGAUUCCCCACUCCUCCACUUGCACCUGCUGGAAUGACCUUGGGUCAGCCAUAGCUCUUGAAGGAGUUGUCCUUGAAAGGGCCGUGAGAGCCCUCUCACCCCCACCCAACUCACAGGGUGUCUGUUGUGGGGGGAGAAGAUAAAGGAGAUUGUAAGCUGCUCUGAGUCUCUGAUUCAGAGAGAAGGGCGGGGUAUAAAUCUGCAGUUCUUCUUCUUCUACUACGAUCACCACUGUAUCAUCAAUGGGCACUUUUCACACACUCAACCUGAGUAACGCACUUUCGAUCCACUUUCAGUGCAAUUUGCAACUGGAUUUUACUGUGCGGAAAAGGAAAUUCACCUGCAAACGAUUGCUAAAGUGUAUUAUUAAGCACAGAUGUGAAAGUGCUCAAUUUUUUUUCCCUAAAAACUUUUUCAUUUGACUUAUUUUCGUAAGACUUACUUUCUGCACAUGAUAAUGAAAAAGAACACACACAUACCCCGGCAAAACAAAUGGCUCCCCAUAUCGCUAUAGAAACCCUAUAGAAGUUAGCUGAAUCCUGCCUGUACCAACAGCUAUGGUCAAAGAUCAGAAGCAGGGUCUUAUUGUUGUAAAAAAUAUGUAUUUGGGAGAGAAAAACAAAGAUUUGCUUAUU